GGUUCCCGUCGCUCUGCGAUAACGUCGACAGCCCGUCGUCGAGCGGCUCAGUAGUACGCUACCACCCACGCACGUAGUACACACGCUCAUCCACGUGUGAUCGCCGAUCGGUAUCCGGAGCUUUUUUUUCGAUCACCACUUUCCAGUUUUUUAUUUUUAAUAAUUCAUUAUUUGCUAAAUUUAAAAAAUGUAGUAAUUAUUUUGUUUUAUGGAUGGAUCUAGAGAUCGAUGCUCGCGAACUUUUCGAGUGGCCGUUUCACAAGUCAAUUAACGAUUAUGGUAAAAUUUAAGAUGAAAUUCAAGUAUUAAUUGUUCUUUUUGUUGUGAUUUUUUUGAGGGGUUUUAUUGCUUCGGUUAAUUUUUUUUCUUUGGUCAUCUUUAGGAGUUACGUUUUAUCGUGAAUUUCCACGAGUAGUAUGGCACUACCGGCAUGCGGUUCACUCGUGUUGGUCAACGGAAAUCACCGUCAGCCGCCAUUACCACGACGUCAUUCUGAAACUCCAGCGAUAUUACAAAGAACACCGCCCCCAAUACCGAUCCGUAAGAAAAAUGAAAAGCCAAUAUUCAUAACGGAGAACCGACGGAAAUUCGAAGGAAGAAAAUUCAGUCUCGAUGCAAAUAAACUCGAUAGUUUAGUACCGGAGCGUCCAUUUCAAUCAAUAUGGAGGCAGCACGAGGACAUUGGUAAUGAAAAACUCAUCGACCUUGAGUCAACAUCGUCUGUACCACAAAGCAGGCUCGAGUGUAAUACCGUGCAUCAGCAGCAGCAUCAGCAUCAGUCCGCAUCAAAGCUCCCAGCAGCUGUCGGCGUCUCGGAAACUGCUGAGACUCGCGACUUCGGCGCUCCGAGCUUCGACAAAACGGGAGGGGGAUUCCUGCCAGAGGCUUGCGAAGUGGUAACCUUUAAGUCGAGCUUUGAAGAGCUACAGAAAGCCGCUCGCGAUCUCGAUAAGAGGCUUCACGAGGAGAUCAUCAUCGCCGCUGAAAUUGCUCGCUCCACCACCGCCCAAGCUAAUCAACCCAGGCUCAAUAAUGGCUUGCCCAGAAACUCAAGACUACAACGCUCAAAGUUCGAACUCGAUCAGGAGGAAAGCCACCAGGACUUGGAGAAGAGAUCCAAGUUUGAGGCUCUGCAAGCUGCGUCAAGAAAUUUGGAGAAGCGGCUGCAAGGCGAGCGUGAGAUUCAGCAGCAGCAGCUGGCCAAGGGAAAGUACAACUCAGACAUGGAGAGAGCGAGAAAUAUAUUGCAAAGUAAUUUGCGGAAGGAGCGAGUCGUCGAGCGAUUAGAGAAGUUACCAAAGGCCACUCAGACGAAUUUGCCGCCUCCUCUCAGCUCUAUUUGCCAGAACUCUUACAACACCUCUUCCUCUAGCAGCAAUAACAUUAACAUCGGUAACAUCAAUAGCUUAAACAAUAACAAUAUCAAUAACAACAAACCGGGGAGCGUUAGGCAAGACAGCAAUGUGUCCUCAGACAGUUUCAGCCAAACGAGCUCGCCAAGUUACACCAGCAAAACCAUGGAAGCACCUCUUUUGCCGCACAAACAUAUUUUUAGCAAAAUUCAAGGUAAAAUAUCAACCACAGAACCCGAACCACCAGGUAGUCCAAUUACAAAAUCGAUAAGCACUCCAGCAAGCUUGCAAACAAUCGUCAGGUUUCAUAGCGGCAGCAAUAUGUCUUUGCAUCACAGGAUAAUCCGAGACAUGAGAAGACCUAGCAGUCAUUAUGUAUCUCGAGGAAAAUUACGCUUUCGCAUUGCUCAAAUUUUAAUUAAUGUACUCGCUCUUAUCGCUAUCACCGGUGGCUUCUUAGUGUACUUUAAAACAAACCCACCAGACAGCAUUAAAUUUCCGAAUGAAACAAUUAAAACACCAGUAGUAAUUUAUUCACCCAGUGAAAUAUAUUUAUCAGAACAAAAAAAUCCAGCGCCUGGCAUUUGUCUUCCAGUCAUCGUUACUUUUUGCCUCUUUCACAAGGUGCCAUACAACUUCACUGUUUUUCCGAACUACAUGGGUAACUUCCAACAACGUGACGCUCAACAUGAGCUGGAGAGUUACGAGGCAGUCGUGGAUGUCAGGUGCUACGAGCUUGCAGCAUUGUUUCUUUGUAAUGUCUUUGUUCCCAAAUGCGGGCCACGUGGUCAAGUUGUGCGCCCGUGUCGCAGCCUUUGUAACGAAAUGACUAGAAGAUGCGGAUUUUUCCUCACCGUCUUUGGAUUGAAAAUGCCGGAUUACUUAGAUUGCGAUUUUUUUCCUGAAAACUCGGAUCCUGAUGUCUGUGUUGGCCACCGGGAGGUCAUUGAGGCUUCAGAACGGGCCAGAAAACCAAUUUGCAUCAGUGGUUUUCAAUGCGACGGUACCAGAUGCAUUCCGCUUGAUUGGAAGUGCGACGGGCACGUGGAUUGCGCCGAUCACAGUGACGAGAUUGGAUGCGGGGAUUGCGCCCUUUCUACAUCCGUUAUUACUUCUACUACUGUUUCAUCCCAAUAUUCUUCUGUUAUAGCCAGUGAUACUAAUAAUAAUAAUAAUAAUAAUAAUGAUAAUAAUAAUAAUAAUAAUAAUGAGGAGAAAACAAAAAAAUCGACGAUGUAUGAUUUGAUUGACAAGCCGACACUUCACUGCGGCGAGAGAAGGUGUAUGACAGCUUCACAUGUUUGCGACGGUGUAAUGGACUGUCCUUGGGGACAAGACGAGAGGAAUUGCAUUCGAUUGAGCGAAAUGAAUGGAGACAACGGCAAAGGACGACUACAAGUUUACAACGUUAAAAAUGAUACUUUCGUCCCGGCUUGCAUCCCUAAUUGGCACUCAUCACUGGCGCAGUCCAUUUGUAAUCUUCUAGGAUAUACAGUCGCAGAAUCAUCAUCCCUUUCUAUGAAAAAUAAUGACGUAGCAGUAAACGAACCGCUGAUAGACACGUCCCAAGGAUGGCGACUGGCCCAGAAAAGUGGGCGGAAUUUAUUGAAAGAGCUGCAAUCGUGUACUAAUAAAGAAGACUAUCUAACAGUUGAUUUGUCCUGCUCUGAAUAUGCGUGCGGAAGAAGACGGUAUCAUUACGGGAAUCUCAAAGUUAGAUCACGUAUAGUUGGUGGCGUCGAAUCAGCACCAGGAGAUUGGCCAUUCCUUGCAGCGCUAUUAGGCGGCCCCGAAGAAAUUUUUUACUGCGCUGGUGUCCUAAUUUCCGACCAAUGGGUGCUGACAGCAUCGCACUGCGUUGGAAAUUUCAGUCACUCUAAUCUGUCUGAUUGGACGAUACAACUGGGGAUCACGCGACGGCAUGCCCAUUCGUAUUUCGGCGAGAAGCUUAAAGUAAAGAGAGUUGUGCCCCAUCCUAAUUACAACUUAAGGGUCGCUCAUGAUAACGAUGUCGCGUUGUUUCAAUUGAGCAAACGAGUCGGCUUUAAUGAACAUUUGAGGCCUGUUUGCUUGCCGAAGGCCAGUGUUGAACUGGCACCUGGUACUAUUUGUACUGUUAUCGGCUGGGGUAAGAAAGACGACACUGAUGGUUCGCAGUACGAACCAACAGUUAACGAAGUUAAAGUACCUGUUUUAGAAAGAGAGCUCUGUAAUGCUUGGUUAGAGCACAAGGAUUUGAAUGUUACCGAUGGGAUGAUUUGUGCGGGUUAUCCGGAGGGCAAGAGGGACGCUUGUCAGGGUGAUUCGGGUGGACCACUUCUUUGUCAAUCAGAAGACGACGAAGAACGUUGGUUCGUCGGAGGAAUCGUCAGUUGGGGAAUAAAAUGCGCUCAUCCACGUCUACCUGGUGUCUAUGCUUAUGUACCUAAAUACGUACCCUGGAUACGUGAACAAAUAGCUAAGUAUUCAUCCAAAAAUUUCGGUGACUAAUUAC